GCCAGCAUCCCUCACACACACACGACCAUCUUAAGACCGAUAAACUCCCUUGCGCUUCUUAGCCGUCCACCAUGCCAUCUAUACUCUCUGACGCCGAUAAAGAAACAGUCAGACGAACUGUUCCGAAGCCGGCAAGCAAGAUUCUUGCGGUUGCGGUAGCUAGACUCUACGUUGCGCUUCCGAAUACUCACAAAUGGAUAUAUACUGGCCUUCAAGGCGCGGCGGUGCUUGCAAAUGAUCUGGUUGGGCAUACAUUUUGGAUAAAACUGGUUGACGUCUCGCCUGCAGGCAGAGGGAUUCUGUGGGACCAGGAAAUCUACGAUGGCUUCGCAUAUAACCAGGACAGAACGUUCUUCCACACUUUUGAGCUCGAAGACUGCGUUGCUGGUCUAUCCUUUGCAGACGAAAAAGAGGCAAAGACGUUUAUGAAAAAGGUGUUGGAACGGGAGAAGAGUGCCAGCAAGGAGACCAAGGCCACUCCCUUCUCCGCCGCUCGCGGCCAAACACCAACGCCAGUAUCAAAUGGCAAAAGCCACGGGCGCUUUGGCAAAGUAGGAAGCCUUCUACAUGGCCACAGGUCCUCGUCAGCGCCAAAUCCUCCUGAAUCCAUCAUUCCUCCUAGACAACCAUCGGUCAAUACCACCCCACCUGUUGCUCACACAACUGAUGAGAAGGCAUCCUCUCCGCUGGAUACCGUGGAUCCGUCGUGGCGAGGCCUUCUUGAUGAGCUAAAAGCAAUGGGAAUUACAGAAGAACAGAUAGCGGAGAAUUCAGACUUUAUCAAGGCAUAUAUCGAACAGAAGCAGCAAGCCAACGAGCUCGACGGGACCAGCACAGAAACUGCCUCCCAAGAAACCAUGAAGAGAACAAAGGCGCCUCCACCACCUCCUCCUUCAGCUCCGCCACCGCAAAUAUCCAAAUCUCAGCCCAUCAGUCCACAGAAUACCGGUCGACGAGGGGCUCCUCCGCCCCCUCCGCCGGCCAGACGGGGUCGACCAGAUGCCCCUCCGUCUCCGCCCCCACCAAGGGAGCAAUCUCCAGCCUCUUCUCCCAAACGGGAACCAUCACCUCCUCGACCAAGGUUCCGAGCUCCCCCUCCGAUCGCGGAUGCUGGGAAAUAUGCCCAUCUUCCCGGCCCUAGCCUACCAUCACGGAGCCGCGCAGCAUCUGGCUCAAAUUUAGCUAACCCAGGGCCUCCACCACCCCCGAGACCCCCGAAAACUCCGGAAGACAACCGUGCUUCAAUCCAAUCUAAUCGCAAGGUAUCAGCGCCAGUUCCUCCCCCAAGCCGAAUGCCGGCUCCUCUACCUCUCAGGAACGAUUCAAGCUCUGUAUCUCCGCCACCAUUACCUCCAAAGACACCACAAAAUGCUCAUAUGCUACCACCACCACCCCCUCCUCCGCCUCCUCCACAGCGGAGCCCAGCUCCUCCUUCCCCGCCACCACGACAAGCCCCUUCAGUAUCAGCACCCUCUCAUCCUGCGCCUCCACCGCUUCCUACUAUCAAUGCGCCCGUCCCACCACCACCACCUCCGCCGCCACUUCCACCUACAAAUACAGCUUCCGCACCAGCAGCACCUCCUCCCCCUCCUCCACCACCCCCAAUGUCAGGCGGACCACCUGCUCCUCCUCCUCCGCCUCCACCUCUUCCUGUAUCAGGUGGACCACCUGCUCCUCCUCCGCCGCCGCCGCCUCCACCCGGUGGCUCGAUGCCUUCUCUACCAGGUGCCCCUCCAGGAAAGGAUGAUCUAAUGGCUUCAAUUCGGGCUUCCAGCGGACGUGGUCUGCGAAAAGUAAGUGAGGCAGAGAAGCGCGAUCGAAGUGCAGCUAUAGUUCCAGGCAGUGCAGCAGAUACAUCCUCUGCUUCACCUGCUCCUGCUGGUGGCAUGAUGGGAGCGAUACAAGAUGCUCUAGCUAAGCGGAAGAAGAAAGUCAGCGCGAGCGAUGACGAGAAAUCAGACGACGAGUGGUGA